AUGAAAAGAGAAAAUAACAUCAAAUACUCCGACGGGGGCAGUUUUUGGUCACAUCAUGCGGAAGGAAGGGAUGUAGAAUCUAACGUAACAACCACUGGAAAGAUUGCAGAGCGAAGAGAUCACGGUCAACAAAGGAUCACAUUCGUGAAGUCCUUGUGUCAUUUGUUGAAUAUCAACACAUUUCAACUACUACAAAGAGGGCAGGAAUAUUUAAGUUUUGAAGGCUGUCGAGCAUAUAAAAAUUCAUGUGGAAAUUUACACAUCUGUUUGCAUUAUUUGAGAAAUGAUUGUAAAUUCAAUGGGAAAUGCAAGUACAGUCACAAUUUCAGGAGUCCUCACAAUCUUCCAAUCUUGAAGAAAUAUUCCCUGGACAAAUUAUCAAAAUGUGAUAUUGUGCCUCUUUUGAACAUUGAAACCACAGAAAAGAACCGAAAAGCGUUAAUAUGCAAAGGCUACAACAGUAUUCAAGGUUGCAAAUUUAAACAAAAAUGUGAAUCUUUACAUUUGUGUGCUCAUUACGUUGUCAGCGUUUGUAAAUUCGGAAAAACAUGCGAAAGAUCGCACGAUUUAAAAAACCCCCAGAUUAAAAAAUUGCUCAUGCAGAAAGACGUGAACCCAAAUCAAAUUCCAAAACAAAUUAUAGCAGAUUUAAAAAAAUUAAUUAAUGUGGGCUCUACUAUAGACCUGUCAAUUGGCGAUUAUCAUUUAGAUGAAAGUUUAAAUGUCAACGGAUUUAGGAAAUCUGAUUCAUUUCAGACCAGAAAGAGAAAAAAUGAUGGGAUGAUUUUUAAUUCAAAGAGGGCAUCCAAAAAUGACGGAAUCUCUUGCGCUCAUCCGAAAAUUUGUGUUUAUUUUUUAGAGGGUCCUUGUUUAAGAAAAAAUUGUCCAGACUUUCAUCAAAUAGAAAAGUUGCCGUAUCAAUGGCAGUAUCGCGAUGUGAAUGACGACUGGAUAAAUUAUGCAGAGAACAUUUUAAUUGAAAAAGCAUUUUGUUGUUGCGAAGUCACUUUUUUAUUCCCCAAUAGCCGAUACAAUUUUAACACUGAAGUAAAUUUUGAGGACAUGACGUUCAAAGAUUUGAGAAUAAAAUCUGCAAAACUUGUAAGAUCUGAUAUAUUAAGAGAGGGACCUGUCAGGAGGCUGACAACUGAUUCCCUGUUGAAUCCACAAGCCGGCGCUAAAUAUUUAACUUGGUGGAGAUGGUUCUACGUAGAUGAUUUAAAAUGGGUGGAAUAUCAAGAAAAAUCAGGAUAUCCAGAACCUUUUAGUCUUGAAGGAUAUUAUCAAAAUGAAUUUAACGAUGAAAAUUAUUUAAUAAACUUUACGUCAAAUUCAAUUGAUUAUGAAAUAAAUUUAAAAAGAAUGUACCAAACUAACUUGAAAAAUGGUACUGUACAGGAUGUCGUAAGAAGACCGCACCCAUUUUACAGAGAGAAAUAA